GAAUUAUGAAAGUUGCCUUUAAUCUUCCCAUUCACUCAUUUUCAUGAAAGCAUUUCGAAUAAAUAAAUUAUAAGACAUAUGUCAUGCAAAAUUUCGGGGCUAAACAAUUUUAAAUAAUGCUCUUUGUAUUGAAUAAAACCUCAAACCUCCAAUUCACAUACAAACUUACAUACCAGGUUGCAGAAUUAGCGAGAAUAACGAGAGCAUUUCUCACCUCUGCGAGUAUUCGCGGCACUUACUUCCGCAUAUACAUACCUAUAUAUAUCGCCAUGAUGUUAACUGGCGAUAAAUAUUUGCAUGCCAUUAAUAACAAACAGCAUAUCCGACAUAUCCGCAAUGUUCUAAACCAGCAACCAAAUGGGAAGAAUGAGCAAAAUUUAAUCGAAUAACACUUUCCAAAGGCAAUUGAAGGCAAAUAUGAGACGAAUUAUACUGAACGCUUGGAGUCUGUUUCUUUUAUUAAACGUUCUUAAUGCCAAAUUAUCAAUUUACGUUGCUGUCGCAACUCCACCUCCCGAGAGUCAAACCAUUAAACAGAUACACAACAGAUCAGAACAAAUAGACAUGGUAAAAUUUUUUACUAUGGAACAGCAAAUAAAUUUUGACAGAUUGGAAGCUCUUCAUACUGCUCAAAACAAUGUACGAGCUAAGCGAAAUGAUGUUGCACACAACAAAAGCACUUCUACGAAAAUUAGAAAAGAUCAGUCAAAACGGCGUCGUAAGACCUUUUUUGUGCCGGUUAUAUGUGGCUAAUGUUUUAAUGGGUUUAUUUGUAGUUUAAUCGAAAGCUAAGGUUUAUUUAAUGGAAUUCGGCAGCAGUAAACGAUCUGUUUAAAUUCUCAAAAAUGUCUGUAAUUAAAAUAAUAAAAAU